GCGGCAGCCGGGGCCGGGCUCGGGUCCGUCGGCAGCGAAACACGAGCUCAGAAACAACCCUGCGAGUCCCGAUCCGUGAGGAAAGGGAAUUCCUCGUCUGGCUGAUUCCCCGCUGCCUCGCCGGUCUCCGUGCUGUCGAUGUGAGCGAGGAGCAGCUCCUGGCCCCAGCCCCGGCCGAUCCCCAGCUCCGGGGAAACUGUUCCGAGGCCUUGGCAGUCGCUCAUGGUAGCGGGACGGAGCCUCUCGGGAGCUGGGUUGGAUCUCAGUGCACCGGGAAUGCAGCGGGGCCCCUCGGCUUUCCUGUCUGUGAAGGGGGUACUUGGGGUGGCUCCGGGCAGGAGCCGGCCAUCUCCGGGUUCCUAAAGGCUUUGUUGUCUGCUGAAGUCAUGGAACUGGAAAGUCCAAACUUCCAGCUGGGAUUCUUCACUCUGAAUCACUGGCACUGCUGGGUUUUAUCUUCCUGACCUGGCACAUGUCCAUGCUGAAUCGUUCUUCAGGGAAAUGGGAUGUUUAAGCUAUCUAAAGGUGGUUUUGUGCUAAGGAAACUUCUGAAGUGGAGAUGGUGUGGCCACUUGUGGAUGCAGUGUUGGAUGUGUCUGAAGGGGCAGCUGUCAGGAUACACAUCCUGCAUCUCCUGUGUGUGCUUCAGGUGUGAGACCCUUGUCAGCCCCUGGUGUGGGCAGGAGCAUCCAAAUUCCACUGGGAUGGAGCACGGCUGGGGAUGGGAAAAGGAGCGGUGUGCCCAAAUCGCUUAAAAUUUAGGACUCUGCUCUUCCUGGUGACUUAGUAUAGAUUGUUUUGGUUUUCUGUUGGAAUUUAUUUAAUUUUCUGCUGGUAUUUGUAGUGAAUCCGUGCCACUCAGUGCCAGGAUGUGGCUCUUCUGUCUGUGGGGGAGUGCUGGGAGAUGCUCUGGCCCUCAGUUGGCACUUCAGCUCUCACAGUCCUGAGUUACAUCCUGAACUCAUCCCUGCAAAUGACUGAAAAUGGAUUUUCCUUGUGGGAGGAGCAUUGGGUUGAAAUAUUCUGGGGAGAAAAUGCGCGGAACUGGUGAUGAAGCUGCUGUGGCCUCGAUUGCAGAGGGGACACUUGGAGCAUCCCCCUGGGAUACAGGCAAGGACAGCAUGUGCCAGGCCCAGCUCUUGCAGAGAACCAGGCUGGAAAUAGUCACGGCCUGGUUUAGGGAGAACUUGGCUCAAAGGGAAUUUCUUUGGUACAGACACUGAGAGAACUGAGUUCGUUGUCAGUGCUUCAUUAGAGAAUCCUAUGAUUUUGGGAGCAAGAGGAAUUGAUAACCAAGAGGGAUAAUGAUGGUGGGACAGAGCCUGGAUUUGAUGGAACUGCUGUGUUUGUUCAGCUUUUAUCUGUCUUGGAGGUGUCAAUCUGGUGGGGUCUAUAGCCCAAGUUUCAGGAUAACCCGAGUAUUGGGAGGAGCCCAGCUGUGUCUGGAGCACUGGGAAGCAGCUGGAGCUCUGGAAAAAACGGGAUAAAGCUGUUCAUUGAAGCACUGAAGCUUUAUAAAAAUGGUAUGAUUUCCAUAACUGUCGCUUCACUCCUGCUCUGACUCGUGAGCACCAGCGUGGUUUUAGGAGCCCCUUUACCCUGCUGGGAAAGCUCAUUUGGAGGGAUUAUGUGCUGUCCUUUUGGAUUGUGCUAAAACUCUGCCGGAGGUUCCAGAGCCUGCGGUUCCCGGAAUGGUAAAUCUUGGAGAGCUGCUCCUGCCACACAUGAGGUGCAGCCACAGAGCCACAUCCAGCACUGCCACAGCUGCCUGUGCCAUCUGUUCCCCAACAUCUCCAUUCUUCCCUCUCGGACUGGCUUCCUUCUGCACUCAUAGCUCCCCUCCUUUGGGCUGGGGGCUGGUGAGCUCCACGGGUGUCCUGCACCAUCAGUUUUAUCAGGAAUAGCAGUUUUUAGUGAUGAUAAGCCGGGUUGAUUCCCGUCCUGGAAGAGGCAGGAGCUGCAUGGUCUGUGGCCCAUCCGGCGCUUCCGGACGGAGCUUAGUGAGCACAGCACAGGUGUCAGGUCAGGACGGGAGCCGUUAAUCUCGGCGCGGCGUGCGGCUGUUCUGGCGGCAUUAGGUAACCUGCUGGGCCAGGACAGGGAUGUGGGAUGGCAUGGAGGCAGCCCCCCCUGUUCUGGGGAGAGCAGGAAGGCAGAAACCUCCUUCAGGAGCAUCAGGACACGCUCGCUUGGACCUCAUGGAGAAGCUAAUUUUUCUCAUUGUUACUCCAAUAGGGCCCAAGUGGGAGCUGCUCCCAUGUCCCACUUGCAGAUCCCAGCAUGGCCUUUCCCCUCGGGACCCCCUGCUUAGCACUGAGUGCUGCCAAAUCCCUGGGUUUUGGAGGAUUUGGGCUUUAGGAGUUUGAUAUGUGCUGGUUUGCCACUCUGCUGCAGCUCACCAAUGUUGGGAGCAAAAACAUCCGCAUGGAUCUGGCAGGAUCAAAUUUCCCAUGGAUUUGGGCACCUCCUGCCUCACCUGAAGCUCGCUGAGGGUCUGGCCUGGGGUUCCCUGUGUCCCUGUGGGGAUGGGAUGUGGCGGAGGGGCUGGGCUGGGAGGAGAGCCCUGGGAGUGGAGUCCUGGCUCCCAGCUUGGUUCCUGCCCUCAGCAAAACAUCACGUGGCAGAUCUAGGAGAGAGACAUCAGAGUUUGCUGCUCCUGAAAUAUUUCUGGAAGUCUCUUUAUAAACAUGCUGGAGCCACCGGUUGUGGCUGACUUUGGGUCAGGAUUUGGCCCUAACAAAGAGAAUUAUUUCCUGUUUCUGCAGUAUGUUCAGCACGAUUGAAAUUUAACAAAAUAAGGGAAUUAAAGCCCCAUAAAUUCCAGUCUGGAUCUUUGAAUGGAUCUGGUUUUGCUGCUUCACAUUUGGUUCUGGUGAACUGCUUCACUUUAGUGUUCCCAAAGGUUUAUUUCCCCCAGGAUGGAGCCGAGUGACACUGAGCUCUUGGACCUUGUGUCCUCUUGAAUUCCUCCCUUGGUUUCCUGAUGAUGUCAGGGCAGGGAGUGCUGCAGGGAGGGCCAGGAUGUUCUGCUGCUCUUGGUGAGUCUCUUCCCAAACCUGGCAUGUGACCAUUGGAGUUGCCCUGGGAAAGGCAGUAGGCAGAAAGAGAGAGGAGGCUCUGGGGGAUUUUAUGACUUUCCCCUUAUUUUGGGUGGACAUUUGUUGUUAAAAGUCUGAAUUCCUGUUAGGAAGGAAUUGCAGGCUGCUGGGAUUGGCUAAACCUGGCUUUGUCCCAUUCUCUGAGGCGGAAUUGAGCAGAUUCCUGCUGCCUGGAAGGCUGAAGGUUGGUGUCAGUGCUGGGUGGAUCUGCUGGCAUGUUGGGAUAGGGCUUUCGCUGGGUUCCCAUGGGCGUGAGACCGUGGAAUGCUGUUUGCAUGGAGCUGCAGCUCCUGGUCCGGGCGAUGUGCGACCCCAGCACAGCUGAUCACUCCUCUCUUCCAUCAGGAGUGUUAGUUACUGUGCUCAGGCCCUGUGGAAGUGUGAGGGGAUAUUUGUUAAACAUUUGUUGAAAAGCUUGCUGGUGUGUCCUGCAAAGAACUGUUUGGAUCGCCUGGAUCACAGGAACAACUGGGCUUAGUCCUAAAUAGAUGUUUUCCACAUAUUUCUGGUUGGAAUGUGCCAGGAACACUCACUUUGGAUUACACCCAACCGUGCUUCAUCCCCGUGUGCUCCCAGAGGCUUUGGGGCAUGCUCAGCACCUGCUCCAUUGCUGGGGGAUGGAUUUGCAGUUGUGAAUCUCCUGGGGCUUGGAUUUCCUACCUGGGCUCAUAUUUCCAACCUGUUCUGGAGGGAGGGAAGAGGAGAGAGCAUUUCUCUUCCACUAGGAAAGGGAAAUAAUCAGUAACUCUGGGGUGGGGAUAUUUCUCUGUCCGAACCCUCAGUAAAUCUCCAACAAUCCAUCACCGCCUUGUUGGACCCAGAGUUUUCCAUCUGUGUUUUCCCUGGCAUUUUUUUGCACGCGGGAGUUCAGAAUGCCAAGGACGAGGGGGUGGGAUGUGCUUCUUAUUCCCUCCCCAGACCUCCACUGCGUGUGCUGAGUUUUCAUUUUCAUUGGAAUUCCACGCCCACCUGAAGGAAGUUUUACCCAUUAUUGCAGCCAGUUUCAUCCUGGAGCUGCUGCUUGUUCCUGCAACUCUUGCCAGGGAUUAGAGGAUCCAAACGUGUGACUCCUAAUUAGGGAUGUUCCCUAAAUUGGUGGAGUAAGAGCAGGAAUCACUGCCAAAUUGUGCUCCUGGAAUGCACUGGGCUUUGGCAUCACUUCUUGCAACGCAGCUCCUGGCUUGCUCCAGCAGGGAAGGAAUACAGAGUUUUUCUGGGAGGAGGAGCUUAAUAGCCACACGACUGUGGGAGUGGGAAUGGUGUUUUUCCAGCAAAGCCAAGAAAUUUGAGGUUAAAGACUGGAUGUAACGGUUGCUUGUGGGGAGUUGUGCUGUAAGGGAAUUUCACCCACCUUUAAGGAUAAUCUUGGAAAAAAAAACGUUUCAAGGCACCCAGGGGGUUUUGCCCAUCUUUAGGGAUAAUCCUGAAAAAGAGACUUUAUUUCCUGGGUACCAGGAAAACAACCAGAUUUGUUCAUAUUCAACACAAUCCUGAAAUUUGCUCUUAUGCUCAGUACACCAGCAGCUCCCUCUGCCAGCCUUCCCAGAUUUUCCCCUUCCAGAUUUUCAGCUCAGCAUAAAUUUUUUUACCAUUCUUUUCUGUUCCUCGAUGGCAGAAUUCUUAUCGUAGACUUUAACUGCAAAGCCCCAAAUUGCAUGGAGCACUUUGCUGAUCUGGACUCCUAUGGAUGAGGCUGCUCUUCCUUUCCCUCUCUGCCCUGAGGAAUGCGGAAAAUCAGGAUUUGAAGGCAUGGCAGGAGCACACGCCUUCCACAGGCUCAGAACCUGACAAAAUCCAGAUUUACGAAUAGAUCUGUGGUUUUGUUCCCUUCUGGGAAGGAGCUCUGGAGUCAAAGGAGCCUGGCAAGGGGCUCUGGAGUGGAAAGGAGCUCUGGCUAGACGUUGAUUUUUUCUGCAAGAGGAAUUGGGAUUGUUUCAUUUGGUUUGGUUUGUUUUUUGGCUUGAAAGGGGCUUUUUAAAAUGUAUUUUCCUUAGGACACAUCUAGUUCUAGCAUUUUGUCCUUACUUCCCCUUCCCUGCCUCACAGCUGGGGUGCUUGGAGUGGAAUGGGAGAAGGAUCUGCUUCCUGUAAAUGUACAGGAGAAACUUCCUGCUUUCUUAUUGCUCCCAAAUACUCAUUUAUUAUAUAAUUUAUUCCUGGAUCCUUAUUCCUAAUUUGGAAAGAAGAGCUCCACCACCUUUGAGAUGAGAAUUGGGUUUAGUUUGUGAAUUUUCCAAGGAAAUGCCCAUUGCCUGUUACAGCAAAGUGGGUGUUGUUCUUGCCAUUCCCAAAGAAUGAACCAGCAGUCCCAAGCACAGUUAAUUUUUGGGGGAGGUUUACAUCCCCCUCAGCUCGUUCCCGACCGGGAUGUGCAGUCCAGGCGUGCUCUUGGUGUCGUUCCCAGACUGAUGCCGAGGAGCCGAUCCGGUGCCGCUGACUCCAUCUGGCCUCGGCUAUGGACAUCGUCCUGUCGGAUUUUGUCCGCUCAACAGGGGCAGAGCCGGGGCUGGCCAGAGACCUCCUUGAAGGCAAGAACUGGGACCUGAGUGCGGCGCUGAGCGACUUCGAGCAGCUCCGGCAGGUGCACGCUGGGAACCUCCCGCACUCCUUCAACGAGGGCCGCGGGGCCCGGCCCCCGGAGCGGGAGGUGGCGCGGCCGGGGAGGCCCCCGCUGCAGCGCCAGGAUGACAUCGUGCAAGAGAAGCGCCUGUCCCGAGGCAUCUCCCAUGCCAGCUCCACCAUCGUGUCCCUGGCCCGUUCCCACGUGUCCAGCAACGGCAGCAGCAGCGAACACCUGCUGGAGAUGCCCAUCUGCACCUUCCAGCUGCCCGACCUCACCGUGUACUCCGAGGAUUUCCGCAGCUUCAUCGAACGGGAUCUUAUUGAGCAGUCCAUGCUGGUAGCACUGGAGCAGGCUGGGCGUCUCAACUGGUGGGUGACGGUGGAUCCGAGCUGCCAGCGGCUGCUGCCCCUGGCCACCACUGGCGAUGGGAAUUGCUUGCUCCAUGCUGCCUCCCUGGGUAUGUGGGGCUUCCAUGACCGGGAUCUCAUGCUCCGGAAGUCCCUCUACACCCUGAUGGACAAGGGAGUGGAGCGGGAAGCGCUGAGGCGGAGAUGGCGCUGGCAGCAGACGCAGCAGAACAAGGAGUCUGGCCUGGUUUACACGGAGGAGGAGUGGCAGAAGGAGUGGAAUGAGCUGAUCAAAUUGGCAUCCAGUGAGCCCCGCGUGCACUACGGCACCAACGGCGGCGGCUGCAGCGGGGUGGAGAGCUCAGAGGAGCCUGUGUACGAGAGCCUGGAGGAGUUCCACGUCUUUGUCCUGGCCCAUGUGCUAAAGAGACCCAUCGUGGUGGUGGCAGACACGAUGCUGCGGGACUCGGGCGGCGAAGCAUUCGCCCCAAUUCCCUUUGGGGGGAUCUAUCUGCCCCUGGAAGUCCCAGCCAACAAAUGCCACCGGUCUCCAUUGGUUCUGGCUUAUGACCAAGCCCAUUUUUCUGCCCUGGUCUCCAUGGAGCAGAAGGAAAACACAAAGGAUCAAGCUGUGAUCCCCCUGACAGACUCUGAGCACAAGCUGCUCCCCGUGCACUUCGCCGUGGAUCCCGGGAAGGAGUGGCAGUGGGGGAAGGACGACAGUGACAAUGUCAAGCUGGCCAGCGUGACGCUGUCGCUGGAAGCCAAACUGCACCUGCUGCACAGCUACAUGAAUGUCCGAUGGAUCACGUUGCCUUGUGACAUGCAGGCGCCUCUGGCUCAGCCAGAAUCCCCCACGGCCUCCGCAGGUGAUGACCCUCGCUCGGCAGCAGAGUCAGGCGAGUCGGACAAGGAGUCAGUGUGCAGCAGCUCUGCCAGCAACGGGGGCACCAGGGCAGGCAAGGACAGGGAGAAACCAAAGAAAGAGCGGGAGAAGGAGAAGGAUAAAAAACGGGCAGACUCGGUAGCCAACAAGCUGGGAAGCUUUGGGAAGACUCUGGGCAGCAAACUAAAAAAGAACAUGGGGGGCCUGAUGCACAGCAAAGCUGUGAAGGGCAGCAUGAGCAAUGGGCAGGGAGACACCCUGGAGAAGAAGAAGAAAGGAUCUCUGAAGACACGGAAAGACAGCAAAGAGGAAUGUUCCCCAGGAGACUUAGCUCCUGCAGAGAAAACGUGUCCAGGGCGAGCGCAAGUUCAUCUUCGCCAGCCACCUCAAGACCAGCAGCCGGCACCAGUUCCAGGAGGAGAUGAUCCAGAGGUACCUCCUGGACGCUGAGGAACGUUUCCUGGCAGAGCAGCGGCAGAAGGAGGCGGAGAAGAAGGCUCUGGGCAGCGCUGCCCUGGCCAAGAGGCCAGAAGGGGAGGUGGGUGCCCAG